UGUAGUGUUUUUCAGGGGAUAAAAAAAGAACCUCACAGGAAUAACUGGAAACACCGAUGAUAUUAUUUUGAUGUGGGACGAACUAGGGAGAGAAGGACAACCAUCUUGAUACAGUCAUACAGUCACUUACUCUACUGUGUCUGUCUGUGUCUGUCUGUCUGUGUGUGUGAGUCAGCGUUCAGCCUCAGAAAACAUUGGUAGGAUAUCACCAAAGCAACAUCUUGAGAUGCUACACUUCUAAAACUCUGGCCAUUUAUUCUUCUGGUAAAACAAUGGCAGAUAAGAAGGAUGACCCACGAGACUGCAAAGUCUGCUUCAUGAAGUUCGACUCAGAGGCCAGACGUCCACGUGUGUUGGUUUCAUGUGGUCAUUCCUUUUGCUCUGUAUGCAUUACCAACUUAAUAAAGGACAACAGCACCCUACUGUGUCCUAGCUGUCGAGCAGAACAAGGCCUUACAUGUGCAGAGCAACUUCCUGUUAACUUUGGGCUGUUAGAAUUGGUGGACUCGGACAAAGAUUCCUCCAGUGAUUCAUUAGUAGCUGACAGGACUUCCUCAACAAAUUUUGAAUCCACUGGUAAAGUCCCAGUACUUAAUGCAGGACAUUGUGAAGAACACGGACAAUACAAGUUGUUCCGGUGCACCACAUGUGCCCAAUACAUCUGUCAUGUGUGUACUGUUGUUGAACAUCCAAAUAGCACUUGCACAGUCAUUUCUGUUAAAAAAGCAUUGGAGGACUUGAAAGAGCUUCAUAAAGGUGUUAUUAGCUCUGAGCUCUCUGAUUUGGAGGAAGUGACAGACCAUCUUGAGACUUAUGAUGCAUACCUGGCAACUUGGAUUGGGGAUCAUGAAGAUCACAUAUGUCAAUUAUCAGCAGAAUUACAACUUCACAAUGACAUAAUACAGGAGUUGCAAGAAGAAAGGGAAAAAAUUAAGGUGGUUCUUGAUGAUGGACAACAUAAAAAAGAGUGUCUCAAGGCUAGCCAAGACCACCUUGAAGCCAGUAACACAGUGCAAGACGUUUCUGAUGCUGUUGAUGAGACACUACAUUGCCAGACAGUCACUAAGUACUGGAACCUUCAGUGUACUGAACAGUUCCCCAAAAAAGCCCUGAUUUCCUCAUCUUUGAAGAUGCAUGCAGUGACUGCAUUUGCUCUAGACAUGAUGAAGAACUAUGAUAACGAGAAUACUGAAGAAGAUAAAGAUGAAGACAGAAAUAUAGACAACAAUACAGAUGAUGAUAAAGCCAUCAGUGAGCAAGUCUCCUCAUUGUCUAUUAAAGAAAAAUUGAUUGAAGUUAUGCAGGAGAAGGGUCUAUCUGAAUCCAAUUCGGGAAAUAACACACCGCCGCCCCUUACAAUUAAUGGUGCAGAAGGAGGGGCACCAGAAGUCCGUGUUGGUGGCAGUGUGGGAGAGGUACCACAUCCCCCACUUUCCCGAGCACCACCAUUCCCAAAUCCAAACUCUUAUUGCCCAAGUGGUCGUCCAGACCUUCACACACAAUGGAUCAACUACUACCGCAGUUUGGGAAUGCAUAGAGAAGCCGAUUCUUUGGAACAACAAGCUAGAAGCUUAAUGGGUCAGGGAAGAGUGAGUGGUCCCGCAGUCAUCCCUAUUGUAGAAGCAGCAGCAGUAGCACCAGGGAACUAUGCUGCUCCCAGACCACCCAUUGCUGGUAUAUGUGACUACUCCCAAAAUUGGAUUGAGUAUUACAAUGCACAUGGAAUGCAACCUGGAGCACAGUAUUUGGAUCAACAGAUUCAGUCAGCCAAGAGGGGUGGAGGUGGUCCUGGAACAUUCAUGCAUCAACCUCCCUUUUAUGGCAAUUAUUAGAUUUAUCAAAACUGGGUACAUCCUAAGGGUCAAUGGUUUGCACCCAGAACAAUCCCCGUUGAUAUUUGUUGUAAUGUGGUACCUAACAUUACAGUUGGGGAAGUGAAGGCAGUCUUUCACAGUGCCAGCCAUAGUGCCUCCAUGUGUCAUCAAUCAAUCUAUGUACCGUCCUUAUAUCUGAGGGUUGGCAACCACAGUUUUCCACUCUUAACGUUCUCAGGCUGUUAGUCCCAUACCUUCAAGGUUUUGUAUCUCCUUGUGUACCAGAGGUUUAAUAUUCAGUAUGCUAUAUCUUCACUGCCCCUAAUGGUCCAUUAGGCUUGUGGGACCAACUUUCAGUCAUUUUAAUUGUUGUACAGGGAAUCAUGAGAUGAUGCCACAUUAAGGGCAGUGCACAUGCAGUGCAGUAGACAAAAUGAUAAGCCUCAGAUCACAAGUAGGCAAUAUAGCCAGCAUUGCACUUGACCAUCUUUACUUCUCCAACUAUAGUCUGGUACCCAGUCACAGUUGAGUGGACUGGGGAUACCCCAGGUGCAAACCAACACACCUGAGGGCAGGCCAAUGUACCUGAGUAAUGACUUCAAGACAACCAAAAACUUAAUAUAUUUACCACAGGCGACCUGUGGUGUAAUGGUCAGCAUGCUCGUCUCACAAGUGAAUGGUCCCAGGUUUGAUUCCUGGGCAGAGUGAAACUAUGGGCAAGUUUCUUUAUGCCAUGCCUCUGUCUACCCAGCAGUAAUUGGGAACCUGUAUGUUAAUCGAUUUGUGGAUCGAGUUCCAGGGUAAUGGUUAGCCAGUGCAGUUGG